AUGUCUGCUGAGAAGUUAGUUGAUCUGAUUGGUGCUCCUCAUGCUAUUGUGCGACCCCUCGUGAGUCAGCACGUGGGUGUGUGGUUUGAGCCUUCUGGAGAGACUGCGGUGUGUGUUGACGGAGACUCUUACCAGCCUCUUGCUACCUUUACUGCUGAGCCGGGCUCAAGUCUCUACACUCUUCGCACUGGCCCGCGUGCGCCGCAGCAGCAGCCGCAGCAGCAGCAGCAGCCGCAGCCGCAGCAGCAGCAGCAGCAGCAGCAGCAGCUGCACCAGCGGUCGCACCAGCAGCCGCCCCUACUGCCACUGCCCCCGGUUCCCCCCCCCGUUCGGGUCCCCGCGUCUCACCAGGUUGCUUCGUCCCCCCAGGUGUCUGUGUCGUGUCAGGUUCCUACGUCUGCUCCAGUCGCUGCAUCGUGCUCCUGCCGGUCGCUUGCCCACCCCACCGUUCUGUGGCACCACCGGAUGGGGCACCCGUCCCUUCCUCGUCUGCCCGCUAUGUCUAGUCAGCGUCUUGUCCUAGGCCUCCCACGUGUCUUGCCGUCGCUGCCGCCUUCGCUUGCGCCGCCGUGUGGUCCCUGCGUCGAGGGUCGGCUGCGCGCCGCCCCUCACUCCUCCUCCCUUCGUCCGGCCACCGAGCCUUUUGAGACGCUUCACUUGGACGUCUGGGGACCCGCCCCUCGUCUAGGCCCUGAGCGUGAGCGCUACUUUCUGGUGGUUGUUGACGACUUCUCCCGCUACACCACAGUGUUCCCUCUGGCGAAGAAGUCUGAGGUGACUUCUACGCUGAUCAGGUGGUUUCUCACCACCGAGGACACUCGUGGUCGUCGUGUCAGCUGCCUCCACUCCGACCGUGGGGGUGAGUUUCGCUCCGGCAUUCUCGCUGGAUUCUGUCGCGAGCAGGGCAUUCGUCAGUCCUGGACGCUUCCAGAGUCCCCACAGCAGAAUGGGGUUGCUGAGCGCCGCAUAGGCCUGGUACGCCGCGCACCAGCUGAACCUCUGGCCACGUGUCUCUCGACCAGAGGUUUCACCGACCAGUCUUUGGACAGGGUCCCCUGGUGUUGCGUCGCGGUUUCGUGUCUGGGGGUGCUUGGCUCUUGUCCGCGACACCUCCGCGGACAAGCUCUCGCCUCGUGCCGUCCCCUGUGUCUUCCUUGGUUUCCCUGA